GUAUGUAAAGCAGCCUAGUAAGCCAAGCCACGUGACAUGCUACGUCACAAGCCAAGCCGGGAGGUGUUGCCAGGCCUGCGUUGCUAUGCUCGCCGCGCCUCCCCGCCAGCCGUACCAGCCGGUACCGCCCACUGCGCCUUGUAUAAAUAAGCCCGCCACAAGUUGAUCGGCGUCAUUUUGCUCUUGAAAAUUGUAAGGCGUUACGCUGCCCGAAUAAAAAGCGAUUAUAUUGUGCCAUCUGUUUUUUACUUCUCGCCCUUCUUUAUAAUCAGAAGUGGCAUAAAAAACUCACAAUGAAGCGCCGUUCUGCAAGAAAAGAAGACAAUCGUGUUUCCGCGGUUGAAACUGCGUCUACGAGCACCAGCACCGAGACAAACUCCAACGAGGUUCGGAUGGCCACAGAAGAGGAAGAAGACGACUCGCCGCCUGCCAAGAAACUACUGAAGGAUCUUCUCGUCCACGAAGUUGACAAGGCUCUACGAUCAUUGCAAGAGGAAACACCAAAGCUGUGCCAAUCUAACCUCCGUGCCGCUUCCUUAAUACCUGAAUUUGACCCUGAAAAUGAAGACUGCACCAUUACCACGUGGUUGAAAAAAAUCGAACAACUCGGUGAAAUACACGGAUGGGAUGACAAAACAAAGUCAUUUCACCUACAAGAUAAGUUACGAGGCCAAGCACGAAGAUGGUACAACAGGUUAGAAAGUUAUGAUUACACGUGGGACGAUUGGAAGGUUAUGUUAAUCCGGGCCUUCCCUAAGCAUCGAGACUACGGUAACAUGCUGGAAAACAUGUUAAAUAGAAGAAAAUUACCAUCAGAAACAAUGACCAAGUACUACCAAGAAAAAAUUGCCAUGUGCUUUCGAUGCAAUUUAUCGGAUGCUGCUACCCUCUCUUGCAUUAUUCGAGGGCUCCCCGUACAGCUACAAUCAAAUGCGAGGGCUUAUCAGUGUACACGACCUGACCAGCUAUAUGAAGGUUUCCUGUCUGCUCUUGAUGACUACCGAUAUCCGACGUUCGAGUCCCGUGCAUUCAAUAAGCAGCCACUGGAAAGAAAACCGUCAGCAGCCAAUACUGAAAGCGAUCCGUGCCCACGGUGUAAGAAGACCGGACACCUGGUACGGUAUUGCCCAUUGCCAGAUCUACGAAGUUGCUUCAAAUGUGGCGCUCAAGGACACAUUGCGCCACGGUGUCCAGUAACAAAGGACGCACCUAUUAAUUCAAGCAAUACUGUCAAAAAUAUCCAACUCGUGCAAAAUUACAGUGAUAUCUAUAUGAAGAGUGUGAAAGUAGAUGGAACCUAUGUAAAGGCAUACCUUGAUACCGGAAGCCAGGUUAAUGUUAUGUCCACUGAAGUCGCGAGGCUCCUGUCGCUGCCAAUAAAGCCAACCCAAAUCAUACUAAAGGGAUUCUCUGGUGGUAUGCUCACCACCCGUGGAGAGGUAACAUUCAAGCUGGAGGUCGACAAGUUAAACAUCCCCUGCCAAGCCUACUUGACCGACAUAAAUAUGAAUAAUAUCCAUUUGCUGAUCGGACAGCCUAUCAUCAACCAUGAAGGCGUCACACUGCUUGUCCACAACAAUACAGCAGUUUUACAACAAGACUGUGAUUUUUUGUCACAAAUUGAAGUCACGGAAGAAAGGCAAAAAUUUAAUGUCGUAACCCACUCUAAAGAAACCUUGCCACCUGGAAGCUCAAUCAUAAUGGUUGACAUCGAAGGCAACAACCAGGAUGCUGACGUCAUCACUCCGGCGCGCCACUUUGAGAUGGAUGGGAUAUCCUACUCGAUUCCCGCCACGAUCCUGCGCGGCUGCCAAGGCCAUCUGAAGGUCUUCAACUCGGGGACCAAGGACAUCCUGUGGGAGCCGGGAGUUGUCCUUGUGCGAGCUGAGAUCUGCAAGCAUACGCCUCUUCGCCAUCAGGAUGGCCGAAUGUAAAGCAGCCUAGUAAGCCAAGCCACGUGACAUGCUACGUCACAAGCCAAGCCGGGAGGUGUUGCCAGGCCUGCGUUGCUAUGCUCGCCGCGCCUCCCCGCCAGCCGUACCAGCCGGUACCGCCCACUGCGCCUUGUAUAAAUAAGCCCGCCACAAGUUGAUCGGCGUCAUUUUGCUCUUGAAAAUUGUAAGGCGUUACGCUGCCCGAAUAAAAAGCGAUUAUAUUGUGC